AUGUCCAUAGCAGUGUCUCUGUGGUUUCCUCUCGGCGUGCUCCUCCUACGACUCCUGAAGGUCAAGAACACCGUUUUGUGGCACGCCAUAUGGCAAGGCAUUGGCCUCGUUCUCCUCCUCGUCGGCUUCGGUCUUGGUAGUUGGCUAAGCAGCAAGACAAACCAUAACGGCGACACACACAUCAUCCUCGGCAUCGUUAUCUCCGUCCUCUUUCUCUUCAUGCCAGCCAUCGGCUGGUUCCACCACAGACACUUCUCCGCGAGGGGAAAUACAGACUACAAGAGACACAUCCACGUGUGGGGCGGCCGCGUGCUUCUGCUCCUCGGCGUCAUCAAUGGAGGUACGGGUCUCAGUCUCUCCAAGGCACCUACAUCGGGCAUGAUUGCGUACGGCAUUCUCACUGCUGUAGUGGGGAUUGGGUACGGAUACAUUUGGUUCCGAAAGGGGCGCCAGCCGGGGUUUGAGAGGGUCAAGGCUCGUCCCAAUGGGCCUUUUGAGAUGGAGUCGGGGACUAAGGCUUGAUCUGGUCAUAUUUGGUGUGAUGAGGAUUGUACUGGCUCGUACGGGAUGGUACUUGGAGGGGGACACUUCGGUUUCGACUGACAUGUCUUCUUG